AUGUAUCCGAGUUUUCAUGAUCUUAUACGAAAAGAAUCAACAUCAUCGGCACCAUCAACAAUGGAAAUCGGAAUAAUAGCACCACCUAAAAGAAAAUAUUCUGUAUGGAUUGGUCAUUCUAUUUUAGCAUCAUUAUCAACCUUUCAACCAAUGUGGAUUUCGAAACAAGAAUAUGACGAAUCAGGUUCAUCGAUUAUGCAUCGAAAAUGCCUUUGA